AGAGUCUCUGUCAAGUAGGGCCAGAACCAGGCUGAAGUAGGAUGUUUUGCUAGCAAUAGCAAAUCUAGCUAACCAACGUUAAAUGACGAUUUAUGUUAUUGAGUGGUUAUUAUGUAGUUACGGGGUACGAGUGUAAUUUUAAUGUGAAUAUUGACUCUCCACUACCAGCUCACCCGAAUGGUUCAAGUGUUAUGUCAGCAAUUGGGCCGCAGGGACUCAAAACAACCACCUGACCAUUGGUAUAAUGGUGAAGUACUUCUUUAAUGAGACUGAUAUCAACAGUACUUGGGACCAUGUUACCACUGCAUUUUGGCAGAGGUAUCCCAACCCAUUCAGCACUCAUGUCCUCACGGAGGACGUUGUGUUCCGGGAGGUGACUGCAGAUCAUCAGCUCCGCACUCGCCGCCUCCUCUCCAAGACCAACCGCCUCCCCCGGUGGGCCGAGUGCUUCUUCCCCACCAACCUCUCCCGUUCCGUCUAUAUCCUGGAGGACUCUAUCGUUGACCCAGUCAGCAAAAGCUUCACCACUUACACUUGGAACCUCAAUCACACAACAUUAAUGACAGUGCGGGAGCGGUGUGUGUUCCAGCCUUCAGAAGAGAAGCCACACUGUACCCUGAUCAAGCGGGAGGCUUGGAUCUCCUCUGGCAUCUAUGGCUUCUCCAGGCCCAUUCAGGAAUUUGGGCUGGCACGCUUCAAAAGUAACCAGGUGAAGGCCAUGAAGGGACUGGAAUACGUGUUGACCAACAUGCAUGGAGAAGGACCCCAGUGGCACCUCAGGGACUCGGCAAAGGACGCACCUGGCAAGGCAAAGGGGGCUGCCAUGGCUGCCACGGAGAAAGCAAAGACAUUAGCUACUGCAGCCACGCCACAGAAGCCAAGCCAGUACGUGUGAGUGGGACAGGCCACUCUUGAUGGCCUUGACCUGAAGAGUACACACACACACACACACACACACACACACACACACACACACACACACACACACACACACACACACACACACACACAACACAAUUACACAUGCCCUUGCAUGUUCCGCACAGACAACAACACACACACACACACACAAAAACAGGUGUGCCUUCCCUUAUCAGAGCCUUAAUGGGAUCAAGCCUGUUUCAUCUUUAUUCCUUUCCUGUCUCCUGUCUUCAAACGUCUCCCUCCAUCUCUCGUGCUCUCCUUUAUCAAUAAUAUGACUCUGACUCUCAGGUACAGCACUGUGGUGCAGACUAUCUCCAGAGUGACUGCUCUCUGCCUAUUACCUCUUCUAUGCUCAAAGACAAGAAUGCACGAGACUCAUUUGUACGCACGGACGCACACACUUUAUUUCAGUGCAGAGGAAUGCACGAAGAAGGAAAUGUAGCUGAUGAGUAAAUGAAUAUACUACAACAAUAUACUCCAUUUUAUCAAGAAUGGGAUUCGUUUCGCGCAAAUUGUUCAAAAUAGUGUGUCAAUUUCAGCUUCACCAAUACACAAGCUGUGUAUGGUGUGGUGCUGCAUUCCACAAUGAUGGAUAUCACUGGAUUUUGUAAAAAAUGAUUUGUGAUUUAGGAUAGUAUGUAUUUUUUUUAAUUAAGCAUAUUGUUAAGGUUUGAUAUAAAACCACAUGCAUUGCAAUAUAUUUAUCUUUUUUACUUGAUAUUUUGCCAUGCCUGAAGGAUGUAAUAUUAUGGCAAUAGCUGGAUGAGGAUCUAAUAUAUUGUGUCAUGGCAAUAGAGUGAACAUUCACAAUAAUCUCUGGGAAACAUUUGGGGUACAUCUGUUUACAGAAAUGAGUAUGUUGGCAUAUUUAUUUGCAAGCAGACGUUUGUCUUUGUGUAGCAGGAAUAUGCAUUAGCAAGCGUCCAAGAGCGCACCAAUGUGGUCACAUUGUUUAAAAUGAAUUAGAAUGUGAUCUAAGGACUUGGACAGCAGCUUGCAUACUUAGAUCUCAUACAUACCAAAUGUGUGAAGAACGACCUGGUUAUGUGUUUUUGUGCAAAUCACCUAAUUUGGUAUUUCUUUCUGAACUUCAGUAAAAUCAGUAAAAUGUUGAAGUGUAUGUGUCCUGUUUUCCUUAAGGCUCAAACCAUAUCUGCUGCUUAUGAACAGCAGAGGGCGCCCAGUUGGUCUAAGUGUGUUCAGGCCAAGGAUGUAGACCUCCUUGGUUCAGGCUUGCACAGUCAAUGGAUUGGAAAAAAGGAUGUUUGGGGAAAUGUAUCGUACUGCUGCCUGUCAGAAUAUUAAUCACUGUUGUAAAAUUAUACCACGAUUUUUCAACAAAAAUGUCAACUGCAUUAAAACUUAUUUAUGUUGUCUUGAAA